CAUGCCCCACUGCUGCAGUGCCCGAGCCCAGUGCGGAGGGCUGUUCUACAGACAGAGGCACACGGAGACCUUGCGCCACCAUCCACCCCCCCAUCCCGCGCCAGUGUCGCCGCAGCCCGUCCGGAGCGAGCAGUCCAGCAGUCCUUCGCCCGAGCGCGCUCCGUGGCCGGCUCCAGACCGCCAGCUGCUUGGCGCCCCGGCUUCGCCAUGCGCUCCGCCGCGGUCUUGGCGCUUCUUCUCUGCGCGGGGCAAGUCAUUGCCCUGCCUGUGAACAGCCCCAUGAAUAAAGGGGACACUGAGGUGAUGAAGUGCAUCGUCGAGGUCAUUUCUGACACGCUGUCCAAGCCCAGUCCCAUGCCGGUCAGCAAGGAGUGUUUUGAAACACUCCGAGGAGAUGAGCGGAUCCUCUCAAUCCUGCGACAUCAGAAUUUGCUGAAAGAGCUCCAAGACCUCGCUCUCCAAGGAGCCAAGGAGCGGACACAUCAGCAGAGGAAGCACAGCAGUUACGAGGAUGAACUCUCAGAGGCGCUUGAGAAGCCGAAUGACCAGGCUGAGCCGAAAGAGGGGACAGAAGAGGUGUCCUCCAAGGAUGCUGCAGAAAAAAGAGACGAUUCUAAAGAGGUGGAGAAGAGUGAUGAAGACUUGGACGGAGACAGGCCUCAGGCCUCCCCAGAGCUUGGGCCAGGGUCCAAGGUUGAGGAGGACAACCAGGGCCCUGGGGAGGAGGAGGAGGCCCCCUCCAACGCCCACCCCCAAGCCAGCCUCCCCAACCCAAAACACCCAGGCCCGCAGGCCGAGGAGGACAGUGAGGGCCCCUCCCAGGGUCCAGCCAGCAGGGAGAAGGGCCUGAGUGCAGAGCAAGGGAGGCAGGCAGAGAGAGAAGAGGAGCAGGAGGAGAAGGGGGAGGAGGCCGAGGCUGGAGAGAAGGCCGUCCCGGAGGAAGAAAGCCCCCCCACCGCAGCAUUUAAACCCCACCCCAACCUCGGCGGCAAGGAGACGCAGAGGGCUGCUCCAGGUUGGCCCGAGGCUCUGGCCGUGGAUGGAGCCGGGAAGAUGGGGGCUGAGGAGGCCAAGCCCCCUGAGGGAAAGGGGGAGCGGGCACACUCCCGGCAGGAAGAGGAGAUGGCAGGGGCCCCUCAAGGCCUCUUUCAUGGUGGAAAGAGCAGGGAGCCUGAGCAGGAGGAGCAGCUCUCCAAGGAGUGGGAGGAUGCCAAGCGAUGGAGCAAGAUGGACCGGCUAGCCAAGGAGCUGACGGCCGAGAAGCGGCUGGAGGGGGAGGAGGAGGAGGAGGACCCCGACCGCUCCAUGAGGCUCUCCUUUCGGGCACGGGGCUCUGGCUUCAGGGGUCCUGGGCUGCAACUGCGGCGAGGCUGGAGGCCGGGCUCCUGGGAGGACAGCGUGGAGGCCGGCCUGCCCCUCCAGGUGCGCGGCUACCCGGAGGAGAAGAAGGAGGAGGAAGGCAGCGCCAACCGCAGACCAGAGGACCUGGAGCUGGAGAGCUUGUCGACCAUCAAGGCGGAGCUGGAGAAGGUGGCCCACCAGCUGCAGGAGCUGCAGCGGGGCUGAGGCGCCAACUGGCCCCACCAGCCAGGGCCCCGGGACACCCCGAGGGCCCGGCUCUGUUGUCCCUCCUGCAGGUCCCGGCCAGACAGCCCCGGGUGCUGCUUCUGGGAGGGAGGCUGCCCCCAACCUGCCCAAGCCCAGCCCACCCUGUUGCCCCCACGCUCUUUUCCUCCUGCUCCUGACCCCUGCCCCAGUGUGCCCCUCUGCAAGGCAGACCCCCUGCCUUUCAACGAUUGUCCUGUCUCUGAACACAGACAGCCUUCUCAAAGUUUCCCUUCCACCAUUAGAGCCACUGGGCCUAACUGCAAUAAGUACUGACCUUUAGGUGAAAGCUGAGGACUCCUGACUAUAUUGUGUAUGAAAUUUAUCUAAGGAAAAUAAAUCUGCUCUGGGCUCUUUCCUGUU